GUGUAUGAACUUUUUAUUUUAUAAGAAAUUAAGUCAAGACAGGAGAAAAUGUUUAAUCGAAUGAAUAGCCCCAGAGGAUCACCUAGAAUGGAUAAAGAUAUCCAUGAAGUAAAGUUCCCCACUAGCUAUAAUCAAGAUAAUGCUGAAGCAAUGAAAGAAUGCUUAGCAAAAAAGGACAGCGUCGCCGCGUUUCGAAUGCUACAACGCGUUCAUAAAGAACUGCAUUUGAUAAAACUUGAAAACUUCGUUUUAAAUGAUUUUCUACAAAAAAACGAUCCAAAACUUUUAAAUGACUUGGAUAAUUUUAAAAAACGUAACGCAAAAAUUAGACUCUCAAUGAUGGAAAAACGCAAAUCACUGGUAGACUCAUCGUAUCUGGGAGGAAGACAAUCAAGGGCUACAAGUUUAGCGGGAUCUGCAAUUGGCUCUUUGCAAAAACCUGCCCAAGAAUACAAUUUAAACUAUCGCACCAAGAUCGAUAUGGCCGAAAGACUCAUAGUGGAAAUAAAAAAGCAGAUCGAAGUAAUAAAAGCUAAAGGCGUCGAUGAUAUCAAAAUAUUAAAGAGUAAAAUUGAGGCGAUGCGCUAUCAGUGUGCUGAUAGACAAGAAAUUAUUAGAAACUUUGAGAUGCACUUUUUACUUAACGAUGCACUUAUAUAUGCAACAGAAAAACAAAAGAUAAAGCAAUUUCGCAAAUACAUGAACAAGUGCCUUAAGAAUGGAAAAACAAUGUUGGGAACAAUGCGCCUAAAAGUCACAUCUGUUAAGGAGCAUUGUCAUCAGCUGCGAACUAUACUCAUCAGCAAAGCUGAAAUAAGUGGAAUGUUGGUUCCAGUUGACUUUGAACAAUUGCAAAUAAAAAAAGAAGAACAAAUACGAAUAUUGGAGGAAAAGAAUAUCAAUUUGUUUGGCUUGAAAGAAGUUGCUGGAAAGACUGCCCAAUGCUUAGCAAAAGAGAAGAAGAAUCUCGAAACUCUAGAAGAGAAAUCUAAGAUCCUAGUCGAAAAAACUGCUAAAGCUAUAAAGGGCAUUUCAAAGUUAGAAAAGGAGUCAAGAGUUUUUGAGAACGAACUGGAACUGGAGGAGGAGGGUCUUAGACAUUUUAAAAUUCAAGCAGAAGAAUUUGAAGCUCCAAGUAUAUUAGAUUACAUUAAUAAAAAACAAGAAUUGGUCGCUUUGCAAAAAGAACAAAAACGUUUACAACGAAAAGCUAACAUUAAAACUAUGAAAUUAAAAAAUAUUAUUUCGAAAUUGAGAGCAGAAAAUAAAUAUAAAUAAAAAAAUGUAUAUUUAGCGCUCACCCAU